GCCUGAAGGCAUCAUAUAAUCAGGAAGUGUUUUAACCUGGAGGACAGGUGAGGCUUGUUCACUGACUAGACACUAAACGAUCAGCAAGAGACUGAUGGAGACCAAGAUGGAACGAGAGGAAGAGGAUGGGAUGGAGCAACAUGUGGUGGAAAUAUACAAGACUGACAGCAUGAAACACUUUACAGAAACAAGAACUAGAGCUGCUCUUGGUCCUGGUCCUCACACUGAGUCAGAUCCUGGUCAUGGUCCUCACACCGAUUCAGAUCUUAGUACAGGUCCUGGUCCUGAAGCAUCUGUUUCAACUGAUUUCAGUCAUGUAGAUCAGAUUCUGUUGACCAUCAACACUGAUGUUCUGCUGACUGUCUCAACUGAAGAGGAGGGAAAGGGAGAGAGGAAGGAUGAUGAUGAUGGUCUAAAGAACUUUCAGAUGAAGCCCCAUCAGGACCUGAAGAACAGCUGCGGCGUUUUCCUGGAGAGACACCGCAGGAAACGCAUCACUCAGAGCUGCAGCAGGCUACGGCAGCUGCUACCCACAAUCCAUGGCUGCCGCACUGACAUGGUGACAGUGUUGGAUACAACAGUGGCUUUCCUGGAGGUGGUGCAGAAAUUAGUCCCAGCUGAGAACCCAAAAUUACAGCUGUGUCCUCCUGCUGAGCUUCAUGCUGAUUGGAUGCUUCAGAGUCAGGCGACCAGGGAGGUUGGACAGAAGAUGGUUGCCAAGCAGGAGAAAAAGAAGGAGCUGAACAGGCUGAAAAUGUCUGAGUGUCCUUCACGAGUGGACGGGUCUCAAUGCAGAGGAAGAGGAGGACAAGCAGGAGACAGGCAGGCAGACAGACAGUCAGACAGGUGUCUUUAAAGAGUCUAUGUUUUUAUAACACCACUGUAUGAAACAUCAAUGUAUAAUGUUCAGGGGUCUGUGGUAGUGAUGAACUAGCUGAAUGUAAUUUUCAAGGUUGAAGCUGCAGAUUAGCUUCAGUUAGAAGCCUCUAUACAUGACAUCCGUUUGUGUUUAUCUGUAUUAAACAGUGUUAAUCUGUGUGGUCCCUGUGGAAUAAACCUAUAAGUAAAAGGCUCAAAUAAAAGGCUGAUGAUG